GGAGAGCAAGAGAGGGAGGGAGAGAGAGAGAAUAUGGCUUUGGGCGGGUAGCACGGGGAGAGAGAGAAGGAGAGGCUUUGGGCGGGUACAUUUCUUGGGGCAAGAAAAACAAUUUAAAAAUCAAUUUCAAAUUCUUUUGGUAGCCCAUGCUGUUGCCCAUGCCUAACUAUAGCAUAAUCCUUUUAUUCAAGAUCAGAGCACAAUAAGCCGGAAAGAUAGUUAAAGCAGUUAAUUAUAUAUAUAUACAUAUUUGUAUAUAUCUCGCGAUCAUCGACUAUUGCUGUAUAUAUAUUGUUGUGUAUAGUUCCCAAUGCGAUUCUGUUGAGAUGAUUGAUGUAGCUCGUGGCGCAUUUGCGGAUUUGACUGGAUAAAGUGAGACCUAAUCCUUCUCCUUCCUGAUUCAAACGUUCAGGCAACGACAGAGAUGUCUCUUGAAGCAAUGGAACAACCUGCAACUGAGGUUGAAUUUAAACCAAUGGAGCAACCUGCAAAUGAGGUUGAAUUUAACCCAGAGAAGCUUGAAGAAGUGAAAGAGGCAGGCCCACAGUUCCACUGCGAUCUUUGUGAUACAGAAAUUGUUCAUAAGAUGGCACAAGAGUUCCUUCCAGGAUUAGCCUCAGCCUGUGUAGACAACACAACUGGAGGUCUAUUCAGAAGCCCUGCUUCAGUUGCUGUUGACAUGAGAAAAGAAAUGGUAGAAUAUCUCACGCAGAGAAGCGAAACAUUUGUGGCAGAAUCUGUAGUCUUGGAUGGUGGUCCAGAAGCAGAAGUGUCCGACCAUCCUUAUGAUAUAAUUUCUAAUUUUAUUGAUGAUUUCUCAAGUUCAAAGCGGAACUUCUUUAGUAAGGUAUCAGGAUGGGUACUAAGUGAAAGGAGAGAAGACAGAAUAGAUGACUUUGUACAAGAGAUGGAAUUAAAUGGCUUUUGGUUGUUGGAGAGACGGGAAGCCAUUGCACAAAGUUUGCUUAAGAAUGUUGACUUUAAAAACACAUUUCACUGCAGUAUGACAUUCAACUCUGAAGAAGAGCUCUCCGAGCAUAAGCCACAUUGCGGUUUCAGGACCUUGAACUGCAUGAAUGAAGGUUGUACUGCCAGAUUUUCUGCAGCUCAAUUGGAAAAUCAUGACUCAGUGUGCCCGUUUAAGAUACUUCCAUGUGAGCAGAAAUGCGCUGAUAGUAUCAUGAGGCGUGAAAUGGACAGGCACUGUAUAACUAUAUGUCCAAUGAAGAUUGUAAAUUGCCCCUUCUUUUCAGUGGGUUGUCAGUCUUCCAUUCCUCAGAGUACCAGUGAACAACAUCGUUUGGAGUCUCUCCCUGAUCACGUGCUGUAUACUCUCCAAUCCAUUCACAAGGAUAUACAUAUCGAGGAUCUUAAGAAACGGGCAGAACAAGUAGAAAAGGCAUCAACUCUUCGAAAAUUAACAAGAGCUCGGGAUGUCAGAUCAAUGACCACUGUAAUCAAGGAGGUUGAAGUUGAGCUUGGGCCAAUUGAAAUCACCCCUAGGCCCGAAGAAAAUCCCACAGAGACAGAGGCACCAAAUGCAGAAGAAGAGAACACACAGUUACCUACCAACAAAGAAGAGGGUCCAGAGUUACUCAGCAAAAAGGAAGAGGGUCCGGAGUUACUCAGCAUAAAGGAAGAGGGUCCGGAGUUACUCAGCAAAAAAGAAGAGGUUGCGGCAUCGUCAGGUGAAAAGGAAGAAGCACUCAUGAAAUCACCCAGUAAAAAGGAUGAGCUCAUGGACUCAGGCGAUCGAAAGGAAGACCACACGGAGUCAUCCAUUACAAAAGAAGAUCGCAAUAAUGAGUCAGGCCCCAAAGCAGAAGAAUGCACCGAUCACCCUAUAGAAAGUAAGAGCUUGUCAGUCAGUACCCAUGAGAACGGGAAACUCCAGGAAGAAGAGUUCAGCGACUUCUCACUCAAAGAUGACGACAACACCACCAAUUCAGCCACCAAAACAGAAGAAAGCACACAGAGUACCACCAAAUUAGAGGAGCACAAACAGUUUCCCACUAAACAAGAAGAAUUGAGCACAAGUCUCUAAUAAAUUUGAUGGGAAAUGGAACCGAGGAAAUCUGGACUAAGUUCAGACCAAUCAAUCUUGCUAUUCCAGCUAACUUCAUCCAUGAAACAACAACAGCCUUCUAUUGUAAUGGAGAGGUCAUCUCCUUCUCUUGCCUUUUUUGGGGGGGUUAAGUUGCUUGGGCUAUUAUACAACAUUGUUUUAUUGGUAACCAUUUAUGCCUAUGUCCCUAGGGUUGGCUCCUUGUUGCUUUGGCUUUUUCUUUAUUAUUUUUUCAUUUUUUUUUCUAAUUCAUUUUGACUCCAUGUUUGAUUCAUUCAUUCAAUGGAGAAAAGUUUUUGGUUCCUGUUCUAUUGGUUGCAUUAGCAUGUAUUUCACUUGCU